AUGCAACGUCAUCAACACUAUCAAUGCAACGUCGUCAAUGCAACAUCGUCAACGCCGUCAAUGCAACAUCGUCGACGUUGUCAAUGCAACGUUGUCAACCAACAGUCAACGUCGUCGAUGUCACCAUCUACCUCGUCUCUCACCACGGGCUUGGCAAGCCUUACCCCUGGGAGGUCUAAUGCGAUGCACACGCGAUGCACACACAAACGCGCCCAGCAGCGAGCAGUUUCUGCCACAUUUUGUCCAACUACUCAAUGA